GCUAAAAGGUGAAGUUUCUUCCAAAGCUCCGAGCAGUUGCAUCAGAUUCCGGCUAUGUCUCUCAGUGGCUUAGAGAAAAUCCAAGGCUGCCACGUGGUAGCAAUACCAUACCCAGGUCAUGGCCACAUCAACCCAAUGAUGAAUGUGUGUACCCUUCUCGCUGCAAAAGGCUUAGCCGUCACAUUUGUAGUCACAGAAGAAUGGCUCUCCUUAAUCGGACCAGGAUCUGGAUCUGGAUCUGGAUCUGGUCCAAACACACCUAACAUCCGGUUUCGCACAAUUCCGAAUGUAAUCCCAUCGGAGAAGACUCGUGGAUCGGAUUUCGUCGGCUUCGUUGAGGCUGUUUCCACGAAGAUGGAAGCACCAUUAGAUCAGCUUCUUGAUCGGCUCGAGCCACCUGCAACUCAUAUUAUAGCUGAUACUUUCUUGGCAGGGCCAGUAGCUAUAGGGAACCGGAGGAAUAUACCGGUGACUUCACUCUGGGUGUCUUCGCCGGCGUUGUUUUCAUUGCACCAUCAUUAUCACCUCCUCUUUUCUCACGGCCAUCUACCAGUUCCAUUUGAAAACAUCUCAGAAAGGAAAGAUGAGAUCAUAACCUACAUUCCAGGAAUCCCUGCAAUACGCCUGGGAGAUCUGCCAUUCAUUUACUUUCGCGAGAAUGAAUUUUUGAAAAAGAUACUAGAAGACUUCUCUUGGGUAACCAAAGCACAAUCCAUUCUCGUUACUUCCUUCUCUGAGCUUCAAUCCCAUACAAUUGACACCUUAAGGGGAAUACUUCCAAUACCCAUUUACACAAUAGGUCCCUCCAUCCCUUUCAAGUUACUUCAAGACAGAAUCACACCCUCUGAGGCCAGCAAUAGUAGUAAUGCUGUGGAUUAUCUUAAGUGGCUAGACUGUCAACCCAAAAAUUCUGUCUUGUAUGUCUCAUUGGGUAGUUACUUACCUGUGUCCCCCACACAAAUGCAUGAAAUUGCAAUGGGGUUGCACACCAGUGGGGUUCGAUACUUGUGGGUUGCUCGCGGUGAAGCUCUGAACUUGCAGGAAACUUGUGGUGAAAUGGGACUAGUAGAACCAUGGUGUGACCAAUUGAGGGUCUUAUGCCAUUCUUCGGUAGCAGGGUUCUUGACACAUUGUGGAUGGAAUUCAAUACUAGAAGCCAUAUACUCAGGGGUGCCAAUGCUCACUUUUCCUCUGUUAAUUGACCAAAUUCCUAACAGCACAUUGGUUGUGGAAGACUGGAAGAUUGGCUUGACAGUGAAAGAGGAGAUUGGAAUGGAAAUUUUGGUUGGAAGAGAUAAGAUUGCUCGCGUUGUGCAAAGGUUGAUGGAUGAAGAUGAAGGGGUACAGCUGAGGGAAAGAGCUGAAGUACUUAAGAGAUCUUGUCAAAGAGCUAUAGAGAAGGGUGGUUCUACUUUCACAAACCUCCAUGCUUUUAUAGGAGAUCUUGGAACACGCAGGAGUCCGAGGCAAGAGCCAUGUAUCUCGGACUCCAACGAGCAUGGGAAUUGGGAGUAGCAUCCCAUAGACAUUUGGAUUGAUACCCAGAAGCUAAUCAAAUAUCUGCAGGAUCAUAAAUGGCCGUGGGAGAUCUUCACUUUAUUGUUAGAUAUUAUAACUUUUAUUAAGCACUUUUCUAAUGUGUCUGUAAUAAAACAAAGUAGGAUUUGUGUUUCCAUAGCCUAUA